AUGCAAGUUAUGGUUUCUUCUCAAGAAGCAAUCCAUGACAUCCGCCAAUCGAUCAUCGAGACGCCGGGUACUUUUCAGUACUCAUGUUUCCACCUCGAACAUAAAGGAGAACGAAUAAACGACUUCAUCCAGAUCUCGGAUGUCAAAGGUCUAGCUCCAGAAUCCGAAUUAAAGCUUGUCGAAGACCCGUACAAUGAGAAGGAGGCACGGUUACAUGUAAUCAGAGUGAGAGAGCUCAUUGGGGCUGCUGGAGACCGAACAGAUACUCUACACGGGAUCUUGUCUGGAUUAUCUCUCCAUGACUCCGUCACGGCUGCGGAGGCGGCCAAUGCAGCUACGACAACCCAUCCCAUGGCAGGAUAUGACCUCCAAGGCCCUGCUGUGCUGUCAGCAUUAUUACCUCAGCCCCAGGAGCCUGCCCCCAAGACUGUGAAGUCUAUUUCAGUUUCUCCGUGGAACCCUCCUCCUUACCACCUCAGACAGAAAGGUCACCUACUGUACCUCCUGGCUACUACCAAUGAAGGCGAUCAAUACCAAAUUACCUCUCACGUUUCAGGAUUCUAUGUGAACAAGUCAACCAACAGCAAAUUUGAUCCAUUCCCAAGAGGUGCUCCCAAGGCCUACUCAGCACAUUCGCUACUUACUCUGUUGAGUGAAAUCUCGACAUCGUUCGAAGCUUCAUUCCAGAGGCUUCAAGAGUUUAAUGGAUUGAAGGAGCCCCUUGCUACAUAUCAAAUCAGCAAUGCCACACCAGCAAGUCCUUGGCUUGUCCCUGGGCCCACUUCAAAUAUUGUCGCACAUCAAGCUGAUAUUACACGAACACAAGAGAGCUAUCUGAUAUCAGGUAUCGAAAACACGGAGACUUUACGUGAUUGGAAUGAGGAAUUUCAAUCGACACGGGAACUUCCCAAAGAGACUGUUCAAGAUCGUGUCUUCCGAGAACGACUCACCUCAAAGCUUUUCGCUGACUACACCGAAGCAGCCGCACGAGGAGCUGUGCUUGUUGCCCGUGGUGAAGUAGCUCCUCUGAAUCCUACAGAGGGCAGAGAUGCGCAAAUCUUCGUGUACAACAAUGUCUUUUUCUCGUUUGGUGCCGAUGGUGUAGGCACUUUUGCUUCCGAAGGGGGUGACGAAGCUGCGAGAGUAGCUACCGGCAAAGAUGUCAUGGGCGUUCGCAUGGUCAAUCAAUUGGACAUUGAUGGGCUGUUCACGGCGGGCACGGUAGUCGUAGAUUACUUUGGCAAGAGAAUCGUGGGUCAAAGCAUUGUGCCCGGAAUCUUCAAGCAACGCGAGCCUGGUGAAAACCAGAUUGACUAUGGAGCAGUCGAAGGGAAGGAUGUCGUCGCGGCUGACGAGCGAUUUGUUCCGAUCUUUGAGAAACUCUCGAAAUCAUUGCGAGUCAAAAAGCAUGCCGUAUGGGACAAGGAAGGAAAGCGUUUUGAUCUCGAAGGAAGCGUAGAAACUAAGGGCUUGCUUGGUACUGAUGGUAGGAAGUACGUUCUGGAUCUGUACAGGAUUACUCCUCUAGACAUCUCAUGGAUGGAGGAAUAUGGCACUGCCAUCACCAGUCCCGAGCAAGUCAAUGGUGCCAGCAAGCGAGCCUAUCCUCAUAGAAUGACUGUUCUCAGACCUGAGUUAGUCGAGUCUUACUGGAAGGUCAAGAUGCGCGAGUGGGUCAACUCGGAGUUGGAAAAGAGACGCCAAGCAAAGACAGAGCCAACAGAGGAGAUCAAGAAGAUUGAGGCAGAGGCAACAGAAGCACCAAAGUCGGAUGACAAAGAGAGUACAUCAGACGAAACGGCCACGUCAGAAGAAGUCAGCAAGUCAUCAGAGAUGGACAAGGAAAGAAUUGAUAUCUCAGACUUCAGCUUCUCUCUGAACCCCGAUGCGUUUAGCGGUCAAGAGCCACAAACCGAUGCCGAAAAGGAGGAAUGGGUUAAGGACGAACAGGAGGUCAGACUUGCGUGCGAAUUCCUCCGCAAUACUGUCCUACCUGAGAUUGUCAAUGACCUCAAGGAAGGCGACACUGGCUUUCCCAUGGAUGGCCAGUCCUUAAGCCGCCUUUUGCACAAGCGAGGUAUUAACAUCAGAUAUCUUGGAAAGCUCGCCUCUCUAGCUGAAGGCAAGAGACUGGAGUCCUUGCGAACCCUCACCAUCCAAGAAAUGAUUUCAAGAGCAUUCAAGCAUGUUGCUGGCAAUUAUCUCAAGUAUUUGCCAAUUCCACUCACCGCUGCUUGUACUGCUCAUCUGCUUAACUGCUUACUUGGAACUGGUCUCAACCCGAGGCCAAAAGCAGAGGUCGAUGAAAGCAUGGCCGCUCUGUAUCCAGAAUCGGAUUUGAGCUUCCAAAAGACCACACCAGAAAGCUUGAGAGAUGAGAUCGAGGGUCAGGUUCUACGCCGAUAUCAGUAUGCGCUUGAGAGCUCGUGGAUAUCCGAUAUCAAGCCUUUACAAUUACUUCGUGAGGUUUCUCUGAAGCUCGGGCUGCAGCUUGAAGUUAAAGAUUACCAUUUUACUAACCAAACCUCAAAUGGCGUUUCCGAGGCUUCAGCAGCUUCCAACGGGGUUCCCAAAGAAAACGGAACAAAUGGGCACAGUACGAGCAGCAAGAAAAAGAAGAAGGCUCGUGAUGGAUCGCCUUCGUCCAUUGCCUCCAGUCACGCUUCAUCUCCACACACGUUCAACCCCGACGAUGUCGUCAAUAUAGUUCCGGUCAUCAAAGAGGCUGCUCCCAGAAGCGCGUUGGCAGAGGAAGCUCUUGAAGCAGGACGCAUCUCAAUCAUGCAAAAUCAGAAGAAGCUUGGUCAAGAGCUCUUGCUUGAGUCUCUUUCUCUACACGAGCAAAUCUAUGGCAUCAUCCAUCCGGAAGUCGCCCGAGUCUACAACACGCUGUCGAUGCAGUACUACCAUCUUGAAGAGAAAGAAGCUGCUGUCGAGCUUGCGCGGAAAGCCGUCAUUGUCUCCGAACGAACUCUAGGUGUUGACAACCCUGAGACUUUACUCAACUAUCUGAACCUCGGGCUCUUCGCUCACGCCAGUGGGGAGACCAAGCAAGCUUUAGCCUAUGUUAAGCAUGCUUUGGAACUCUGGAAAGUUGUUUAUGGACCUAAUCACCCAGACUCUAUUACGACGAUCAACAAUGCUGCAGUUAUGCUACAGCAAUUGAAGGAUUAUCACGAAUCUCGGUUGUGGUUCGAGGCAUCCCUCACCAUCUGCGAAGAAGUAUACGGCAAGACCUCUAUCAAUGCCGCAACCCUCCUCUUCCAGCUUGCUCAAGCACUAGCGCUAGACCAAGACUCCAAGGGCUCCGUGAACCGCAUGCGUGAAUCCUACAACAUCUUCCUGAAUGAGCUUGGUCCAAACGACAAGAACACCAAGGAAGCGGAGAGUUGGCUUCACCAGCUGACCUCCAACGCCGUCUCUAUCGCCAAACACGCAAAGGACGUUCAAGCAAGAAGCAUUCGAUCAGGAAUCCGUGUCUCACCUCGCGUGACUCUUGGUCAAACCCAUCCACAACCACAAGUCGGUCAAACUUCCGAAGCAUCGUCCGGGCGUGACCCACACAAUCCCAUGGGCUUUGAUUCUCGCAACAUCGAAGACCUGAUGAAGUUCAUCGAAGGCAGCGAGAGCAACAAGACUCCCAAGAAGCGUCCAGGACGCAGCAACCCCAAGCGACGCGGUGGCUCCAGCGCCGUUGUAUCAUAG